AUGUCCCCCCAAAAACACGUCGUCUUCGACGUAGUCGGCACCUGCGUCUCCUUCGACGCCUUCUACGCCGGAAUCGACCGCACAAUCGGCCCCAAGCUCCUCGCGCACAACAUAACCGCGCGCUCCUUCGGCUUCACCUGGAUGACAGCCGCCGAGCUCGAAUUCACCUUCCUCUCCAUCUCCGAGCGCUACAAGCCCUACAAAGACGUCAUCCGCGCCCUCUUCUACCGCACCCUCUACAUGAUGGGCAUCCAGGACCCGCGCGCCUUUGCCACGGACGCCGAGCGCGAGCUGUGCGCGCAGGCAUACUCGGAGCUGGAGCUGCGCCCGGAUACGAAGGAGUGCUUUGCGACGCUGCGGGAAGCAGGCUUUACGGUCUGGGCUCUGACGACUGGGGAUGCGGUGCGGGUGCGUGGAUACUUUGAGCGGGCCGGGCUGGAUAUGCCGUUGGAGAACUUUAUUACGUGUGAUUCGGCGGGGGUGGCGAAGCCUGCGCUGGCGGCUUAUCGGCCUGCGUUGGAGAGGUUUGGGGAGCAGGAUGUGAAGUGGUUUGCGGCGGCGCAUAUGUGGGAUGUUUCGGCUGCGGUUAAGGUGGGUUUUAGGGGGGCUUAUUGUACGGUUUAUGAGAAGGAGGCUUGUGCGGAGAUUUUUGAUGCCGAGAUGGAGGUUUUGGAGGAUACUUUGGUUGAUAUGGCGAAGAAGAUUGUGGCUGCUUCGUUGUGA